AUGCCCUACCGGUGGAGCAUGGCUCGACUAGCGCUAGCAUAUCUCGCGGCUCUUCGAACCGCGUCUGCUGUCGCCAUCGAGGCGAACACCAAUGCAGCUUUCGUUCGAGCACCGCUUUCAUCCCCUUCAACGAGAUCGUAUGGCAGCACCAGCAGGUCAUGGCACAGCAGGGCCUGGCGCUCACGCAGUUGCACCAGCAGAGUCCGACGGUGCUGCGCUGCGACGCCGGGGGAGGGCUCUGAGGACGAUUCCUCCCAAGAUCCUGUCGAAGGUUCGGGUGGAGGGAAGGACGCAGGCGGCGGGGGCGAAGGAGGAGAAGAGGGGGGGAAGGCGAUAGCCGACAACACAGCCCCGGUGGGGAACGACGCAGACCACAUGGUGUCGGCGGUGGCCGGUAACGGCCAGGUCGUGGCUCGGGCGGUGACCGCGCGGAAUCUCCUGCAGGAUGCCCUCAUCCGGCAAGAUCUGUACCCGUUGGCAGCGGAUGCGUUGGGGAGGGUCAUGGUCUGCACGAUGCUCAUGGCCGGUGGCCUGAAGGAUCGGGAGACGUUUCAGCUCUCGUUCAGUGGCAGUGGGCCGCUGGGGGGCGUCGUGGCGAUCAGCGACGGGGAGGGGGGGGUCAGGGGUUACGUGACCAACGGAAAGGUGGAACUCCCGCUGAAGGACAACGGGAACCAAGACGUGGCUCAAGGAAUAGGGGAAGGCCUACUGAAGGUCGUGAGGAAUCACCCCGACUACCAGAGACCAUACACGGGCAUCACCGCCCUCAAGACGGGAGAGGUGGCCUACGACGCCGCGUCCUACCUGGCGGAAUCCGAGCAGAAGUCAUGCGCCAUUGCUGCCGGUUGCUUCGUUACGGAUGCGCUGGUCCGACAGGCGGGGGGAUACAUGCUGGAGACUCUGCCCGAAGCUUCAGAGGAGACGGAGAAGACCGUGAUCAACAACAUCGCGAAGCUUCUUGCAAGGUCAUCGGACCCCAGCGAUCUGAUGGGUAGAGGGAUGACACCGAUAAGCAUCGUGGAAUCGCUGCUCGAGGGCUUGGGGGGGGUGGGGGCGAUCACCUACAAGCGACCGGAGUUCUUGUGCCACUGCUCCGACGAGAGGGUCUACACCGCGCUCAAGCUCCUUGAAAAGACAGAGGUCGAAGAGCUGGUGAAGAAGGAGGAGACGAUAGAAGUCAAGUGCGAGUUCUGCGGCAAAUUGUACCGACUAUCCGCCGAAGACGUAGUGAAAGAGCUCAAGUUGACACCUCCGCAGGACUCAUGAGUCGGGCAUGCCUAUUUAGCUAUUUAUCUAUUUAGCUAACCUGGCAGCACGAUGACAAGUUUGUGUUGUGGGUGUUGCUUGACCUGCUUGCCUCUCUGCCUACCUGCCCUAUUCGAAUGGCGUGUGGGUGAAGUGGGACGUGUGCGGUAACAUGCACGUGGCUUUGGCUGCGUCUGCAAGCUCGCGCGUGUGCUGCUCUAGACUAUGCCGCGCCUGUCCCUAUUUUCCACGUUGUGCAGUUUCUCAUUGAUGAAUAUGUCAUUGUGCAGUCCGGUGACACUGGCUGUCAGUGUUCGUGUCUUGGUCGUUGUCUGUAGACUACACCAACAAUAUUUUUAGGA